CCUUUACGGCGCUUUCGCGACAGCGCGGGGCGGCGUCGCUUUACGGCAGCGCAGCGGGCCAGGCCGCGGGAUCCGCCAGGAUGAAGCAGAAAAAGAAAAAUGGGAAAGGGCAGCAGAGCCAGGCCGAGCUGAUGGUGAUGGCCAUUGGGGACAUCAUAAAGCAGCUGCUGGAGGCUCACGAGCAGGGCAGGGACGUGGAUGUCAACAAGUUGAAGACCAGGACCUCGGCCCGGUACGGGCUGGCGGCGCAGCCGCGCCUCGUGGACAUCAUGGCGGCCGUGCCCGCGCCCUUCCGGAAGCUUCUGCUGCCCAAGCUCAAGGCCAAGCCCGUCAGGACGGCCAGCGGGAUCGCUGUGGUGGCCGUGAUGUGCAAACCCCACCGGUGUCCCCACAUCAACUUCACUGGGAACAUCUGUGUGUAUUGUCCCGGGGGCCCUGACUCGGAUUUUGAAUAUUCCACCCAGUCCUACACCGGAUAUGAGCCGACGUCGAUGAGGGCGAUUCGGGCUCGGUACCACCCCCUCCUGCAGGCCCGGCACCGGCUGGAGCAGCUGCAGCAGCUGGGGCACAGCGUGGACAAGGUUGAAUUUAUCAUCAUGGGAGGGACGUUCAUGGCCCUGCCCGAGGAUUACCGGGAUUUCUUCAUCCGCAACCUCCACGAUUCCUUAUCCGGGCACACCUCCAGUGAUGUGGCUGAGGCUGUCAGGUACUCGGAGCGGAGCCGCAGGCGCUGCGUCGGCAUCACCAUCGAGACGCGGCCGGAUUACUGCCUGCGGCCACACCUGAGCGCCAUGCUGGGCUACGGCUGCACGCGGCUGGAGAUCGGCGUGCAGAGCGUCUACGAGGACGUGGCCCGGGACACCAACAGGGGUCACACUGUCCGUGCAGUCUGUGAGUGUUUCGAGCUGGCCAAGGCCGCGGGGUUCAAGGUGGUGGCGCACAUGAUGCCCGACCUGCCCAACGUGGGGCUGGAGAGGGACCUCGAGCAGUUCUCCGAGUUUUUCGAGAACCCGGCGUUCCGGCCGGACGGGCUGAAGCUGUACCCCACGCUGGUGAUCCGCGGCACGGGGCUCUACGAGCUCUGGAAGAGCGGGCGGUACCGCAGUUACCCCCCCAGCACCCUGGUGGACCUGGUGGCGCGGAUCCUGGCCCUGGUGCCGCCCUGGACGCGCGUCUACCGUGUCCAGAGGGAUAUCCCAAUGCCCCUGGUGAGCUCCGGGGUGGAGCACGGCAACCUGAGGGAGCUCGCGCUGGCCAGGAUGAGGGACCUGGGCACGCAGUGCCGCGACGUGAGGACGCGCGAGGUCGGGAUUCAGGAGAUCCACCACAAAGUGAGGCCCUACCAGGUGGAGCUGGUCCGCCGGGACUACGUGGCCAACGGCGGCUGGGAGACGUUCCUGUCGUACGAGGAUUCCGAGCGGGACAUCCUGGUGGGGCUCCUGCGGCUCCGCCGCGGCUCCGCCGCCGCCUUCCGGCCCGAGCUCCGCGCCGGCGCCUCCGUGGUGCGCGAGCUGCACGUCUACGGCAGCGCCGUGCCCGUCAGCAGCCGGGACCCCGCCAAAUUCCAGCACCAGGGGUUUGGGAUGCUGCUGAUGGAGGAGGCGGAGAGGAUCGCCAGGGAGGAGCACGGGGCUCGGAAAAUCGCCGUCAUUUCAGGUGUCGGCACCAGGAAUUACUACAGGAAAAUCGGCUACGAGCUGGAGGGGCCCUACAUGGUGAAAUGGUUGGAAUGAUGAUCCUGGAGAUGCCCAUCCUGAAGGACACAACGCUCAUCCCGGUGAAAUGUUUGGAAUGAUGAUCCUGGAGAUGCCCAUCCUGAAGGACACAACGCUUAUCCCGGUGAAAUGUUUGGAAUGAUGUUCCUGGAGAUGCCCAUCCUGAAGGACACAACGCUCAUCCCGGUGAAAUGUUUGGAAUGAUGUUCCUGGAGAUCCCCAUCCUGGAGGACACAACGCUCAUCCCGGUGAAAUGUUUGGAAUGAUGGUCCUGGAGAUGCCCAUCCUGGAGGACACAACGCUCAUCCCGGUGAAAUGUUUGGAAUGAUGGUCCUGGAGAUGCCCAUCCUGGAGGACACAACGCUCAUCCCAGGAAUAAAUCCCAGGAUUUGCUUCUGCCAAAGCCAUGGGCUGCAAAAAUCGGAGUUGGGACUUGAUGGUCGUGGUGGUUCCUCCUAAUUCCAUGAUUUUUGAAAUCAUGGAAUGGAUUAGGAGGUGGUUCCUCCUAAUUCCAUGAUUUUUUGAAAAUGAGCAUCAUCUCCUCUGGGAAGAGCAGCUCUGGGAUCAUUCCAGGUGUCUCCUCACCUGCUGCAUCCUCAGGAUGAUGGAAUUUCAGGAGUUGGGGUGUCCUGGUGGGAAAAAUGCCUUUUUUUUUCUGCUGUUUUCAGCUUUUCCUGGUUCUGAGUUUAAAAUUGGGCUUGGUUUUCUGGUUGGGAAUAAAUUCCGUGUUUAUUUUA